GCUCCUUAUAAAUAAAAUCCAGCGUCUCUGGCUCCUCUUCCUUAUUGGUCAGGUGGAGGCGUUACCUCACUCCGGGGCCAGUGACGCAGCGUCUUCACGUAUCCUUCACGCGCGUCUCCCCCCGUUCCUUAUUGAGAGUCUUGCCGUCGGUCAGAGCCGAAGAGACACGGUGCGCUCGAUACCACACACUUCCCAUCCCGGGAGGAGAGCGGCGCACAAGAGCAACCUCUCUCUCUCUAUCUCUCUCUUUCGCUCUCUCGCUCCCUCCCGUACACACGCUCACGCCCGCCCGCGCGCACGCACGCCCUUCAUACGUCUCCACUUCGCCGUGGUAAAAUUACGGCAUUGAUCUCAACGGCGAGUGCGGAUCUGUCUCCUGCGUUCUCCCCUUUUUCUUCGACGGACCGACUUUGGGAAAACACGCUCCUCCGGUGAGAAGUGACUCCUCUCGUCCUGCACGUGUCUGUGAGGACCCCUGGUCAUGUCCAGUUAGCUGCCCUGCGUGAUGCCUGAUCAUGACAGCACCACCCUCCUAAGUAGACAGACGAAGCGCCGACGCGUCGACAUCGGGGUGAAAAGGACUGUGGGUAGCGUAAUAUUCACCCGCGUCAGGGACACCCUGUUUGACAGCAUGAACCAAUCGCAUGGGCCCGAUCAGGACGGAGACUGCUCGUUGGUCAGCCGUAGCCACGGGGGCUCAAGCGGCGAUGGCGAGAAGUCGAAUGUCUUGAGGAAGUUGCUGAAGAGGACCAACUCGUAUGAAGACGCCAUAAUGCCGUUCCCCGGUGUGACCAUCAUCUCUCAGCUACUGAAGAACAACAUGGGAAAGAAUGGAGGGAGUGACUCAGGCUUCCAGGGGAGUGGUGCUCUGUCCAGUGGAGGCUCAGAGAUGCAGGCCGAAGACGCCUGCAGCAACUCCUCCCGCGACCAGGACAGCCCGUCUGACUGCCUCUCUCCCGGGCCUCCUCUUCCCCCUUCCUCUUCCUCCUUCGGGCGACCACUGCCUCCUUCAGGCCUCAACUCCCACGCUCCCUCUCAGGCCCUCUCCCUCUCCUCCUUCGACUUGGACCGGCUGUCGGACGAGCACCUUCGUGCAAAACGUGCCCGCGUGGAAAACAUCAUCCGCGGAAUGAGUCACUCGCCACUGGUCCGGCCCAGUGCCGGCGACCACAACCAAGAGAGCCACCGCCACAAUGAGAACAGCAGCAGCAACAGCAACAGCAGCAAUGAUCACAGAGGAGACGGCAGCGGCCACAACAUCAGCAACCACAGCCACAUCCGGAGCGACUGUCCCUCCCUCAUGAGCUCUCCAGGCUCCCGCGCCGUGGUCGUCGGUGUCGGCGUUGGUGCUGGUGAGGUUUACCGGGAGAAUAAGAGAAAGCAGCGUCUGCCGCAGCAGCAGCACAGCUUCACCCAGCUGGUGUGUUCCAGGCAGGAGCAAAGGCAGGAAGAGAGACGGCAGCUCAAACUGCAGCUGGAGGACAUGCAGAAACAACUAAGGCAACUUCAGGAGAAAUUCUACCAGAUCUAUGACUCCGAGACGGAGGAAGACGAGGAGAAUGGCGAAAGUGGAGAGGCGGACCGAGGAGGAGAGAGAGAGGAGGAUGGUAACUUGUCAGAGGACAGCAUACGCUCCGACGGCUUGGAGGAAAGGCACAGGGCCAGGGGGCGGCACAGACAUGACGAGCUGUCCGAGCUGGACCCAGGUCUCUUCCUGGACCGGGCCCGAGCCCUCCUCCGAGAGCAGGCAAUGUUAGAUGGAGAAAUAGAGGAAGACGUGGACGGCAGGGAGGAGGAGGAGAGGAAUGAAGAAAGGGUGAUGAAGAGGAGAGGGGCCGCAGCAGGAGGAGGGGUAGGAAGAGGAGGAAGGCAGUUAGCAGAGACGCUGAAGCAGGAGCUGAAUUGUGCCGUGUCGCAGGUCGUUGACACCGUCGUCAAGGGCUUCUCUUCGCCCAAGCAGGCCAUCAGUCACCAUCACGGCUGCCACAGUAGCACCCCAGCAGCACCCUCCUCUUCCUCAAACUCAUCCUCUUCCUGUCCACCGCCUUUCGGGCCUCUCCCUUCCCUCACCCCUCCCUCACGAUUUAGCGGCGGCGCUCUGGCCCUCACCCUCAACGGUGGCGGCAGUCCCACUCCGAACUACCACUCCUCCAACCAGAGGCUGCACUGCUUCGGCGAUGUCAUUGUCCCGAGCCCGAUGGAUUCAUUUGGAGGCUUGAGUGGCAGACUGAGUGGCGUGCCGACGCCGAACGACCAAACAGAGGCACUGCCGCUGGUUGUGCGCAAGAGUGGCGGAGGCGGCGGAGGAGAGAACCUCCACCCCUCUCUUCCUCCUCCGCCUCCUCCUCCCCACCAUCCCUCUCACCAUCCCUCUCACCAUCCCUCUCUCCAUCCCUCUCCGCUCACGGCCUCUCUCGGCUUUAGCCCGCCAUCGUUUCGCCACCCGUUCCCUCUUCCCCUCAUGGGUUACCCCUUCCAGAGCCACCUGGGGUCGCACGGGGGUGGCGGUGGCUACCAUCCAGGGCCCAAGGACCACCAUCGGUCCUCGCCCGAUUCCCUGGACAUGACCCGGGAAACGAUCAGCCUCCGAACCAAAAUGGCCUCCCUCGGAGGGGGUCAUCUCAGUCACCACCACCAUCACCACCACCACCACCGGCAGAAUUCCCCGAACCAGCACGGACCAGAGGGCCUGUCCCUGGCUCUCAUCAAGUCUGAGUGUGGAGACCUGCAAGACAUUGCUGACAUCUCGCCCUACUCCGGCAGCACUAUCCAGGAGGGUUUGUCUCCCAACCACCUGAAGAAAGCCAAGCUGAUGUUCUUCUACGCCCGCUACCCCUCCUCCAACAUGCUCAAAAUGUUCUUCUCCGACGUCAAGUUCAACCGCUGCAUCACCUCCCAGCUGAUCAAGUGGUUCAGCAACUUCCGGGAGUUCUACUACAUCCAGAUGGAGAAGUUCGCCCGGCAGGCCAUCAACGAGGGCGUGACCGCCGCGGAGGACAUGACGGUGGGCCGCGACGCCGAGCUGUUCCGGGCACUCAACAUGCACUACAACAAGGCCAAUGACUUUGAGGUCCCCGAGCGAUUUCUGGAGGUGUCUCAGGUGACUCUCCGGGAGUUCUUCAACGCCAUCGUGGCGGGCAAGGAUGCCGACCCCUCCUGGAAGAAGGCCAUCUACAAGGUGAUCUGCAAACUGGACGGCGAGGUCCCGGACGUCUUCAAGUCCCCCAACUGUCUACAAGAACUCCUCCACGACUGAGGAGGUCGCGAGGAGGGAACCGUGAGAAGACUGUGAGAACACGUUUCUAGAGGCCUGGGUCGGGUUGAGGUCUUCAGUGAGAUACGUUUGAAGGAGUUUGACGAUGCAGAGACUUGAAGUUAUUCUUCUCCGAGGCUCCGGGGGAACGUUUGCUGGUGGUUGUUUUUCGGUCAGCCCAUCUUUUAAAAGACAAACCCCGCCCUCCAGAUGUUUUAUAAAGAAAAUAAAAAAAUCCCUCUUCACCGAAGGCAGAGGACCGAGACUCCUCAGAUUAACAAAUCCUGCAGAGACUUUUAUGACUUAAAAGCAAAACGGUGAGAGUUGAAUAUCCUUGCACUUACAGAACAGCCCCUCCCGACCUGAAACCCCCCAUCCCCUCUUUCUCCUCCACCUCGUCCAAGCUCGCUCUUCGUCCGGCCUCACCGAUGAAGAGGAGGUCUUCAGCCCCAAGACCUGGGACUGGGAGCGAACUAAAAAUGAAGAUGAUAAUAUAUAUAUAUACAAAUCUUUUUAUUGUGGAUGUUUUUAAGUUACAUGGACAUUUUGGAAAAACAAAAGUGAUGUUUCUGUAUUUUUUUUCUCCUUUGUAUAAGCUUACACCUCCUCAGUCACUUACAAAGACACACACACACGCAAACACACACACUUUCACAUACACACACACAGAGGAAAGCACAGUAGCAAUUCCAAAUCCCCAAAAACUAACUUAGUUGUUGUUUAUUUCCCUUAAUUCCCCCUCCUCUUUUUACUUCUUCCUCUUCUUACUGUACUGAGACUUCCUGGGUGUUCGUCUUGACUGUGCCCCCCCCCCCCCCCUCCACUCUGGCUGCCCCUUUUGGCUCAUGUUGCAUUCAGGUACCCAGAGCAUCAAUGGCAAACAUUUUCAAUAAGAAUUAAAUGACUGAAACAACACCAAUCCUAUUUUUCUUUAACGAUUUUAGAAGACCAAGUCAAAGUAUCUGAGACGGUAGUGUUAAUAGUGAGAUUAUUUAUAAACCAGAUUAAAUAGAGCGACCCGUUCUCCUAAUCUCCAUCUCGAUUUUCUGCAUUUACACAAUUCUAGCUGCAGAAUUGACAUUAAAAAGUGACCCUUCUUUGUUUCUUUUUUUUAUAUGGAAACACAAACCUCAGCUCCCACACACUGUCGGCACUCGAGUGAAUUGACUCCCUCGUUUUAAACCCUCAUUAGUCACUUACUACAUAGAAAACAGGAAAUGCCUGAUGAGGGCUCGGAAAAUAUACGUCGGUGCUUUACUUUUUUUGGGGGGGUAUUUCUGUGUUGCAACAUAGACACAAAUAUAUAAAUGAUAAGGUUUACUUCUGUUGUUGGAUGGGGUAGUCAGGCCAUGUUUGGUGCUGUACUAAUUUUGGUGUCAUUGUUUGCCUUUCAUUUUAUUUCAUUUGUGGGUCAUCUUUAACAUCUUUGUUUAAUUUCAUUUAGAAAGAAAUGUGGAUUCAUGCCAAACAGAUUGCUUAAUUUCAACGGUCAUCCCAGUUUCGACUGGUUCUUAGAUCACAGUGCAAAUCCCAAGAUAAACAAGAAUAUGGUCGAGAGCAUAUUUCCCCCAAUUUCAAUCUCAUUGAUUUCAGCUUUCUAAAUAUUUUUUAAAUCAAGAUUCAUGAAUUAUUUCCUGGAAAAAACUAUAGGAAAACAUUCCUGGAUCAUCCCCCUUGGUCCAGAUCUUCUUCCCUGACCUGUACCGCAUUCUUCCACAAAGUUUCAUAGACAGGUUUGAACUCUGAUGACCGACUUUGCUACAAUCAGGUGUGUUUCAAAUAAAAACAGGAUUUUCCCACAUUAUGAUAUUUUAACCCCCCCCCCCCCUCAUCAAAAGCGACAAACCGCGGGAUGGAAGCGUGGUUGUUAUUUCAGAUACUCCUCUCUGCUCUGGCAGAACAACAGGGGCAGCUGAGCCAGGCGGGUCGUGUGUGAAGUGUUUAAAGGUUUUAACAGCAGAAAAAAAAGAAGAAAAAACGACAUACAACAAAAUGCUGAUAUUUGUAGCUUGUAUAGAUGUAAUAAUUACUCUGGUCACCCUGAUACUUUUAUUAUUUAUAAUUGAAAUAAUUAUUCCUAUUAAUGUUAUUAUGAUGAUGAAGAAGAUGAUGAUGGUGAUGAUGAUGAUUAAUUCUUGCUACAGAUUUGACCAGUGGUUUGCUCAUUGUUUAUCCAUCACACUGCAACAUGAAAUAAAUUAUUCUUUGAAA